GAAAGUAAUACCAGAAACGACAAUAAUGUCGAAAGUUUGGUUUAUGUGCAGCGGGGUUCCCCAUUAGUGUAGAAAAAUUUUACUGAGAAUGUUUUGAAAAAAAUACUGACACAAAUCACACAAUGAAUACUUGGAAACAAAUCAAACAAUGUUUGUGGUGAAAUUUCCAGAUGAAUUUAAUUUUUUUCAUUUUCUAUUUUGUUCACAUUAUUUCAAAUUUUCAUUUGAACAACUUCUGGAAUUAUCUAGAUGUGUAUUUAUAAUUAAAACUUACAGUUAAAAUAUGACAGAUUCUGAUUCUGAUGGGAGUAUAAAAUGCAUCGUAAAGAAAGCUAUAUCCUUACGUGUUGGCAAUCCUUCUGUGGAAUUUAAAUCUGGAUGUUCAGUUAUUGAUGUGAUCUUUCCUGCUGCAAAAGUAGUUACGAUUGGUUGUAUUUCAUUUGUGAACAACUACACUGCUUCAAUGAGUAUCAAAUACAAAACAUCUGAUGACACAUGGAAAACAUGUUUGAAAAAUUUUGUGUUAAUGCCAUCCCCACAUUGUGAAGAAGGAAGCCAAAAAAUGUUCAGUGUCAAAGCAGACCAGAUGCUUUGUUCAAUAAAAGAUGCUGUGUUAGUUCGACUUGUGCUCAGACAACCAUCACCUCACUGGCUAAACUUUUCUCUUGACAAUCUCACUUUUUCACCACCAACUAAGAUAAGUUCACAUCUAACAGAAAUUCUUUCUUCAAAUAUGGACAGUGAAAAUUUUGAUGAUGAAGAGGAUGAAAACAGAAGAGUUGUGGAUAUUGCUAGCAAACUUCAACAGCUGUGGGCUCUCACUGAAGCGACGGCUGCAAAUGAAGGAAAAGAUGAGGAAAGCCAUUUUGAUAUUGACGGAUGCUAUGAUCUCAACUUGUUAUCCUACACGUAAACAUCGUAAUCGGAAAGUGCAAGAAACGAAAGGUUCUGUCGUGGUCGCAGACAAUCAGAGAAAGAUUCUGACUUAGUUUUUUAAUCAUCUGGUUAUACGUGGAGUAUUCCGGCUUUCGUGUUCAGUUUCUUGGUAUUUCCUUGUUUGUCAAAAAUGCGUGAUAGUCGCGAGAAAAGAGAUAUAUAAAUUUAGAUAGAAACAACAGGAAGACCCCUUACCGAACGUCAAGCGAGAAUAAGAUUAAGGAACAAAAAUAUACAUCCUUUAAAUAUAGCUUCAGAACAUCUGCUGUUAGAUGUUUUGUGUAAAUUAAGUGCACCGGUUUAUUCCAAACGAAACGACAAAUAUGAAUUUCUACAUUCACUUCACAAAGCAGUAAAUUGUCGAUGUAUAUUAAUUUGCAAAUAUAUAGAAGUUGAAACUUAAAGAAUUAUGAAUUUCGCAAAAGAGAUCGCUAACUGCCAUGCAUAUACAUGACUUGUGUAUGAACGCAACUUGUUGUGUAUAUGAUAAUGUCUGAGUUCUUCAAGCAAAGACGUCUCUACUUGUUAGACAGGGCCGCGUUUUCAUCACGAGAGACGGAGAGAGUCAGAGAGAGAUUUCAAUUCGCUGAAAUCCCUGUUAUAUAUAAAAGCUCAGACGGACAAACUAUAUAUACAUUGCAUGCUUCGCUUAAAUCUAGAGUUUCGUAUCGAUUUAUAUCUGUAUACCGUUCUGUAGAUUCUACAGUGUAGAUAUAUAGUUGAAAAUGUUUAUAUUAAUACUAAUACUAAACUGGUAGAUUAGUAAUAAAUUCUAUAUGAUAUAUAUACAUAUAACUAACCACAGUCUAUAUAUAAAUAUAGUUAGAACACUG